AUGUCUACAAUUCUCAGGACAUUAACCAAAGAUCGGUCCAAGGCCAAGAGCGCAAUCAGAAGGAGAGGCCUCUAUUCUAAAUACAGAGGUGUUCAAGCACGAGCUAUCAUGACUCCAAACCACUCCCCACGCUUCAAACGUUGGCUGUUUACAUUCAUGUCGUUCGAGACAGCCCUCCUCCUCUCCCCCACAACCCACUAA